UCGGACACUAUAUCAACAAUAAACCAAUUCACGGAAGAGUAUGUUUUCACAAAACAUCUGACAGAGGGACAUGAUAAAGAUUCAAACCAGAUAUCUAAACGUCGUGAAGUCUUGGAACGGUUUUGCAAAAUUAUAGGUUUUAAUAUUAUACCAGGGUAUCAUGCUGCCUUUGUUCUAAAGUAUUAUGUAAAGUGUAAUAAAUGCUAUGGCGAUAUCAUAAAGAAUUUGGUUGCCAGGAUGCGUCAGCUUAACCUCAUAAACAGCACCCUGACCAUGUGGUUGGCUUUGUCACAAAUGUAUACGGACUUGCAAACUACACUUGGUGAUAAUAAACGACCUGAUGGAACUGUUAAAGAAUUUGCAGAAUUGAAGACUUUGGCCAGAUAUCUAUCGCUAAUGUUGGGGCUUGACAAAACAAAAAAUCGCGAUGCAAUUUUGGAGCUACACAAGGCUGGAAUUUUGUUUGCAGUUGAUAAAUCUGGAAACAACAAAGAGCCUCCUAUUCGGUUGCCGUUUCUAGAAAUAUUGAGUGAAUUUUCAGGCAAACUUUUGGCGCCGGAUAAAAAAGUUAUAUUCCAAAAUUUGAAACAGGCAUUGGGACGUAGUCUCCCAAACGAAGCACCUAAAGCACCCCAAUGGGAUGCUUAUAAUUAUUAUCGGCAGUCUUUAUUGGGUUCCGAAGAUGGGGCAGUCUUACUCACUCCUUCAAGGACACCCAAGAGAACCAGAAACCCUAGGAAAAACCAAGGCAGAAAGCAGAGUCGGAAACAACUUGAUUUCUCGUCUGUCGAACAAGAGCUAAAUAUUGAAUGCACCGAUUCCGAUGAAUGA